AUGGACGCUGGGAUGAUCUCGGAGUCAUCGCAGCUCGCUCCGGUGACGGAGGAAAGCGAGGAAGGUCUCUUCAGCUUGGAUAGCGAAGACGAGGAGGAAGGCCUGGAAAAGGUCGAAUGUCCGAAGCGCGCGAUGCCGGCGAAGCCAGGCGUGCCGCUCUUCGGGACUAUCCACAAAACCAAGGAGUUCGACGAUGAGGAGUUAAAGAACAUGAUGAAGAUGCAGCAUGUAGAGGCACUGAAGAGCCGUGAAGAGAGAGAGCGGUUUGUCGACUUGCGGCUGAUAAACUACCUUGGGGAUACAUGCCCUCCGAUUCAGCUAACCUGGCCGCUGCGCUGCGAACCGACCCUUCUGCUAUGCCCACUUCCACCGCAUUGCCUCCGGUAG